UAAAUUAUAAAAAACACUAAUUUGCAGAUCUUGAUAAUUACGAACGCUUGUCUUCUUCAUCAACUAACUUCCUGAUAGAUUUCUGUAGUUCUGUUACUAUUAAUUCGUAUCCUCUCUCUCUGUUGGAGCACGCUGAUUCUUAUUCUACCCAGAGAAACAGCCACUGUUUUUUCUUUUCUGAAUUAAAGAGAAAUGUCGUUGUUGAAAGCUUGAAGCAGAGAUAUAUGGUUUCUGAUUUCGCUUGAUUAUCAACGGGGUACCCGCUAAAACCAGCACAGCAAUGUCGUUCUUCUUCGGAAUAUUCUUGGGACUCGGCGUCGGCAUUGGCUUGAUUAUUGCCUUCGCUCGAUACGAGAACAUCCGAUCAACUCGCCGCUCCGAUUUGGCCAAAACAGUGGCGUCAUUUGCGAGGAUGACAGUGCAAGAUUCAAGAAAGAUUCUGCCGCGAGAGAGUUAUCCAUCCUGGGUUGUCUUUUCACAGCAACAGAAGUUAACUUGGCUGAAUGUCCAACUUGACAAGAUUUGGCCGUUUGUUGACGAGGCAGCAUCGGAGCUGAUAAGAAGUAAUGUGGAGCCAGUUCUUGAACAAUAUAGACCAGCUAUCUUAGCAUCUCUCAAGUUUUCUAAAUUGACUCUUGGCACUGUGGCUCCACAGUUUACAGGAGUUUCCAUAAUUGAAGGGGAAAGUCAGGCUGAUGGAAUCACCAUGGAAUUGGAAAUGCAAUGGGAUGGCAACCCAAAUAUUGUACUUGGCAUUAAGACCAAACUAGGCAUGGCACUACCUGUACAGGUAAAAAAUAUUGGAUUCACAGGGAUGUUUAGGUUAAUCUUUAAACCACUAGUUGACGAGUUCCCUUGUUUUGGAGCUGUUUCUUAUUCCUUGAGACAAAAGAAAAAGCUCGAUUUUACACUCAAAAUUAUUGGUGGUGAUAUAAAGACAAUCCCGGGGAUUUCUGAUGCAAUCCAGGAAACUAUAAGAGAUGCAAUUGAAGAUUCCAUAACUUGGCCUGUUAGGAAGAUUAUACCAAUAAUACCAGGGGAUUACAGUGACCUUGAGCUCAAACCUGUUGGAACACUAGAUGUGAAGCUUGUGCAAGCCAAGGACUUAACAAAUAAAGAUGUUAUCGGGAAAUCCGAUCCUUAUGCUGAGUUAUUCAUAAGACCUCUUAGGGAUAAAAUAAAAAGGAGCAGAACUAUCAACAACGAACUGAAUCCAAUUUGGAACGAGCACUUUGAGUUCAUUGUUGAAGACGCAUCAACUCAGCACCUGACAAUAAGAAUCUCCGAUGAUGAAGGGGUUCAGGCUUCGGAACUUAUUGGCUGCGCUCAAGUGCCACUGAAGGAACUCAUCCCUGGUAAAGUGAAGGAUGUCUGGUUGAAGCUAGUGAAAGAUUUGGAGGUCCAAAGGGAUACCAAAAACAGGGGUCAGGUGCACCUGGAGCUCCUCUACUGUCCUUUCGGCACAGAAAGCAGCAUUAAAAAUCCUUUUAACCCAGAUUUCUCUUUGACCUCAUUGGAGAAAGUCCUUAAGCCAGGAAAUGAUGAAACAGAUGCUUCAAAUUUUAUAAGGGCACCAUCUUCAAGGAAAAGUGAGGUUAUUGUUAGAGGAGUAUUAUCUGUCACAGUAGUAGCAGCAGAAGACCUGCCAGCAGUAGAUUUGAUGGGAAAGGCAGACCCAUAUGUAGUUCUUAUUAUGAAAAAAGCCGAAACAAAAGUCAAGACUAGGGUAGUAAAUGACAGCCUGAAUCCAGUUUGGAAUCAAACAUUUGAUUUUGUCGUGGAGGAUGGUUUGCAUGAACUGUUGAUUUUGGAACUUUGGGACCAUGAUACUUUCGGGAAGGAUAGAAUUGGGAGAGUUAUAAUGACUCUAACUAGGGUGAUAUUAGAAGGGGAAUUGCAGGACAGUUUUACCCUUGAUGGUGCCAAAUCUGGGAGGCUCUUUUUACAUCUCAAGUGGACUCCACAGCUCAAGUUCCGUGAAAAUUGAUCUGACAAAAAUAGACUUCACAGAUCCGUUAUCAUUUCACAAGUUUCUGUCUGGAUCCAGGAGAGAGCAGAAUUCUUUAUGUUAGAAGGAUGCUGCUAACACCCAAGAAAUUGAAACAAAGAAGUAUACCAGGGCUGUCACUGUUUCUCUGCAAAAGAUCAUUUUUAAGUAUUUUUUAUUUUCAUACUUUAGAUUGAUA